AUGAAGAGAGCUCUAAUAAUAGGGCUUUGUGAUAUUGGGGUUAAGGGCUAUGCUAACUUGGUGCAACUAAACAAAGAACCACGAGGCUGCCAUCCCCUCCCGGAUAUCUCCUCUAGUGACAGUCCCAUGGUUUCCCUCACCAGUAAAGUGCAGAAGUACCCCACCAAGUUUGUUAAGGCCAAAAGCAUCAUGGCUAUCCUAAUUUUGUUAACUUUUCCAUCCUAUGUAUAUUUUUGCACUCCAAAUGCACCAAUCAUGGCCCCUGCCUUCCCUGAUGCUGUACUCAGUGCGCGGCAAGUGGAUCUAAAUCUCGUCGGGAAUAGCUCCGUCGGAAGAACAAAUGUGGUGCUCUUGGGGCCAAAAUUGGCGAAGAAAAAUUUCAGCCCAUAUAAUGCAGCAAAAAUCCAUUUGUUAUUUUCCGUUUUCAAGUAA